CUCUACUCCAGACGGGAGGAUCGUCUGUCAUACUUGUACUACGAAGCGUUUAGUAAAUCGAUAUCAUGUCUGGGCGAGGCAAGGGUGGCAAGGCUAAGGGAAAGGCGAAGUCUCGUUCAAGUAGGGCUGGACUUCAGUUCCCUGUUGGUCGUAUUCACAGACUUCUUCGUAAAGGUAAUUACGCGGAACGUGUGGGCGCUGGAGCUCCGGUUUAUCUUGCUGCUGUUAUGGAGUAUCUGGCUGCUGAAGUACUUGAAUUGGCUGGCAAUGCUGCACGUGACAACAAGAAGACUAGGAUUAUUCCUAGACACUUGCAAUUGGCCAUCCGGAAUGACGAAGAGUUGAAUAAGUUACUCUCUGGUGUGACUAUUGCCCAGGGUGGUGUAUUACCUAACAUCCAGGCUGUACUUCUGCCCAAAAAAACUGAGAAGACUACGUAAGAAGAGAGCUACGAGUACCACUCCAAGAAUACAAAAACCGGCCCUUUUCAGGGCCACAAAUAAUUAUGUACGAGGAAUAGCUUUACAGUUUAAUCAUGAAACUUUAAAUAAUUUAUUGUCCAACGCAUUAUAUCCAUCUUUUAUUAUACAAAAUGCAUGUAUGUACAAAUAAACCCUAUGUUAUUCAUAAA